GUGGGUUGUGGUGAGAAGAGACGAGGUGGAUGAGGUUGCCUCAUAUGCUAGCUAGGAAUAGGAGAGGAGACUAUUCUAGCUAGAGCUAUAUAGCUAGCACGCGCCGGCAGAGCUAGCGAGAGCAGGCCAGCCACGGCACAACCAGCAGCUGCAACUGCCACUGCAGCUGCAUGCAUCUGUACUUGGUGGCGAGAGGGAGGAAGCUUUAAGCCUAGUCGUCUCCUCCGUCCCCUCGGCUGGCUCUUACUUGCAUGGUCCCCCGGCCGGCCCUCCUCCUCUUGCUCUCCGACCUCACCGCAGUCACGGCGCCCAUCCCGGCCCCUUAAAACCGCACCAACUCGUUGCCAAAUUCUUGAGCUCACACCCACAUACACGGAAACAUAUACCAAGCUUGCUGGUCGCCUCACAACCUACGACGAAAUUAAACAAGCUCUAGCCAGCUAGAAUUCUUCUUGGGGGCUCGCUCGCAGCCGGCCAUGGCGAAGCCGCAGGAGGUGCGCAGCGUCGACUCCUUCUCGCAGCUGCCGUUCAUCCGGCCGGCCCCGGCGCCGGCGCAGCCGAGGGACGCCACCAUCCGGCUGUUCGGCUGCGACUUCUCCAACGACCAGCAGCGGCAGGCCAAGCAGCAGCAAGACGCCGCGUCCGACUCCCCCGACAACGCCAACGGCAGCACGGUCACGUCCGAGAGCAACGGCGGCGCCAAGAGCGGCGGCGCGGCUGCGGCGGCCGCGGCCGCUGCGGCCGCCGAGAGGAAGUUCGAGUGCCACUACUGCUGCCGCAACUUCCCGACGUCGCAGGCGCUGGGCGGGCACCAGAACGCGCACAAGCGGGAGCGGCAGCACGCCAAGAGGGCCCACCUCCAGGCCUCCCUCGCCAUGCACCGCUACGUGCCCGGCCACAUGUACGGCCUCUUCAACUACCACCACCACCACCUCGGCGGCGGCGGCGGCGGCCGCUUCGUCGACCACCCGGGCGCGCCGCCGCCGCUUCCGCUACCGCUGCCGCCCCCGCCGCCGGCGCACUACCCGAUGUGGACGAGCGCCAGCCCCGCUGGGCCCUACGGCGGCGGUGGCCCAGGCUCCAUGUCGCAGCCAAUCAACGGCAGCCCGGUGCCGGCGGGGCUCUGGAGGGUGCCGCCCCCUGCUGCGACAACCACUACUGCCAUGGAGAAUUUCGGCAUGUCCGGCCGGCACGGCGCUGGUGGCACGGCUAUCAUCCAGCCUACCCUGGUCGGGCCGGCUGGUGGGGAGGCGGCUGCAUGCAAGGAGGAGAAGGCGGCGAUGAGCUUGUUGUCCCCCUCGCCCUCGCUCUCCUCUUGCUCGUCCACGUCGCCGGAGAAGAAGCUAGGUAGGUGUGAAUUGGGCCACCAGAAGGAGAGCGUUAGCUUGGAUCUCCAUUUGUAAUUCUUUCUUGUUUAUUUAUUUUUAUUUAGGUCUCCGAUCUCCCCCUUGCUUGUGGAUUAGCAGUUGCCAGCGCAUGUCAAAUUCUCAUAGUUUUCUAAAUAAUCGUUUCUACGUACUCUUUUUUUGCCGUA